AUGCAUACUGUUGUAUUGUACAUCAAUGCAAGCGACACCCUCGAGAUAUCUUCGCCAAACUAUCCCGGAAACUAUUCAGAUUACAUCGACAAGAAUUGGAUCCUCCACGCAGAGGAGAACCAGAAAAUCUACAUCACCUUUUCCAGUUUCGAAGCUGAUGAAUACUCCGCCUACUUUUCGGCGGGUGAUGGUGACAACAUUUACAGCAACCAGUUCUUCAAUUGGUACAGGUCGAAUGAACCUCCCGAUCUGAUCUCGACUGGAAAUCAGAUUUGGUUGAGAUUCUCUUCCUAUUCAAUUCCAGCGACAUCUGGAUUUGUGUUAUCUGCUUCAAGCAUCCCAGCGACUGAAAAUUUGACUUGUGCUGCGAGUGAGUUCGAUUGCGGACAUUCUGUGUGCAUCAAUGGCUCCUGGCGCUGUGACAAAAUAUAUGACUGCUACGAUGGAAGCGAUGAAUUCAGUUGCGAUACCACUGUAUUGUACAUCAAUGUAAGCGACACCCUCGAGAUAUCUUCGCCAAACUAUCCAAGCAAUAGUUCAGAUGACAUCGACAAGACUUGGAUCCUCCACGCGGAGGAGAACCAGAAAAUCUACAUCACCUUCUCCAGUUUUGAAGCUGAUGAAUACUCCGCCUACUUUUCGGCGGGUGAUGGCGCCAACCUAUACAGCAACCAGUUCUUCGAGUGGCACAGCUACAGCAGGUGGAAUGAACCUCCCGAUCUGAUCUCUCAUGCAAAUCAGAUCUGGUUGAGAUUCACGUCCUAUUGGAGUUCAGUGCCGUCUAGGUUUGUGUUAUCUGCUACAAGCAUCCCAUCGACUGAAAAUUUGACUUGUGCUGCGAGUGAGUUUGACUGCGGACAUUCAGUGUGUAUCAAUGGCUCCUGGCGAUGUGAUUAUCAAUGGGACUGCUACGGUGGAAGCGAUGAACUCAGUUGCGGUAAUUAUGCAUGA